AUGGCAGUACCGUCCACCAUCUGCCGUCUACCUCUAGAGACCAUCCUACGCAUAUGCAAAUGUCUCUUAUCGCAAGAACGUUCAAACUCCACUAUUCGUCGCGACUUGGUGUCGGUAGCCCUCACUUGCUCCGCAUUCAGCGAGCCCGCCUUCGACACACUUUGGCACACGAUUGACACUCUUGCCCCGCUGUUGCGCACGUUACCCGAAGACCUGUGCACUGUCACGCCGUUUGUUUCCUCGUCCAUUACUAGCGGGGCCCCGUCAUUGCGCUCGGUGUCCGAACUCAUAACAAGCUCAGUGCCGCCGUAUGUCACCCAAGGCCGUACCUCUGCACGGUCUCAGUUGGCUAUCCUUCGAGCCCCAGUGCCGAGUGACUUCGUGCGCUUCUUCACGUACUCCAGGCGCGUCAACCGGCUCGGGAUUCCACGGCUUGGAGGUCUUCCCGCCGGGAACAUCACCGAGCAAUACGCCUUGGCGUCUCGUCACAGAAUCAGCUUCGCGGUCUGGGAUUUCUUGUCGGCGUUUGGACCAAGGCCGCUUCUGCCCAACCUCAAGUUCAUAUACCACAAAGAAUGGUUGGGUGACAUAGGCGUAGACUGGCGCAAAGUCCCGUUUCACUCCGCCGCUCUGCUCUUCAGCCCCAAACUACGGAAGGUGGAAGUAGCCUGCGUCGACCCAUACCUCGAUUUCACGUAUGCCACCGAGGUUAUUCGCAACUUGUCGUACAUUGCCACAUCGGUAGAGGAGCUCAGCAUCGAGGUCGACUCCAAUGCCUACGAGCUCCCAAUCCCCAAGACUGGUUAUCUUUACGGCACGGAGAUCUCCUUCCUCGGUCGUCUCACCAGCUUCAGCAGCCGCACAGUGUGCGUCGCGCCGGAUACGCUCAUUGCUCUGGGAAACCUGCCGUUUCUGGAGUCGCUGGUGCUUCGUGCCAACGCGGCCGAAUAUCCUUGGGACACCAUGCUCUACGGGAGGUGUUCCGACCUCUUCCCCGCGCUCCUCGAGGUCACCCUGCACGAAACUAGCGUCCAGUGGUGCACAUCGUUCCUGCGGAUGGUGUCGUCGACGUCGUUGCGGACGCUGUCCAUCUGCCCCGGAGAUCACUCGCCGCCUCCUCCGGCGCACUUCGAGGCACUUUGUGUCGCAAUUGGUAGCCUUCCCUCUGCCCAAUCUGUUGUCGACCUCUCCAUCACCAUCGUUCACUCCGGAUACAACUCUCAUGGGUGCGGGGUAUACUGGUCAGAAGACGUAGCGCCUCUCUUCGCCCUAUCGGCCAUGCAGCGCCUCGUGAUAUCAGGCGGCGGCUGCACGACCAUCCUGGACGAUGUCGCGCUCGAGGUGCUAUCGCAGAACUGCCCCGAUCUUGUAGAGCUCGUUCUGGGAGUCCGUUCCCGCUUUCGCGCAGAGCAAUACCGUAUGACGGACGACGACUUCCCGUACGUGACGCCGUGGGGUCUCCUUCAGCUCGUCCGUCGCUGUCCACGCAUAACGAAGCUCGCCCUCGCCCUCGACCUGCGCUUCUCUCCCGCAUCCCAAACCGACCCCAACUUGCGGCUCGCGUGGGCCCCUCCGGUUUACCUUUCGGGCCCUGAGGCACCUACACUCAAGGAGUUCGACGCGACGGGGUCCCUGCUCGGCGACCCGAUAUGCAUUGCGUCGUUCUUCUCUCUGUUGUUUCCACAGCUGCACUUGAUAGGGAACCGCACUGCGCAAUCGCGGACGUGGGAGAAUAUGGAACACUCGCGGGCGUGGGCGAAUAUGGAACACUUUCGCUCGUGUUUUGCACAGGUGCGGGCGCAGGAGAGGGCGUGGGCGAAGAAGGAGAAGAUGCGGCUUCGCGAGCCCAGUUCAUCGGAGGCAUAG